CUCAGAAUCGUGAAACCCUAUCAAUCAUCAACACUAAGUCAUAAAGAUUGCCACCAUAGCGAUACUCCGGGUACCAUUUCCAGCACCCACCCUCACCCUCACCCUCCCACUUCGAAUCCCACUUCUACCUCAUAGUCUCGUCCAAAGAAACAACGUCAAAGGACGACACCCAGCCCCAAAUCAUCUUAAGCCAUCUUUUUCACCCAACAUACCACACCCCAACCCCAUUCACAUCAUGCCAACAUCAUCCUCACCACCAUCGCCAGAAAAGAAAUCCAUCGUCAUCGUCGGCGGAGGCAUCAUCGGCAGCACCACAGCCUAUUACCUGACCCGCCACCCGCAAUACGACCCAACCCGCCACCAAAUCACACUUCUUGAAGCCACGGGAAUCGCUUCCGGAGCAUCAGGCAAAGCCGGCGGCCUGUUAGCACUAUGGGCAUACCCCUCGUGUCUAGUACCGUUGAGUUUCCGACUCCAUGAAGAAUUAGCUGCCGAACACGGCGGCGAAACGCGAUGGGGAUAUCGAAGGGUUGGCGUCGGUAGUGUGGAUCUUGUGGGGAGGAAGCUUGGGAGGUCUUCGUCAGGGAAGAAGGGCAAAGUGAGCAAUGGAAAUGGUCAAGGCGGGGAUAUUCGAGGCAUUCACCGUGCGGAUGUUGCGAGUGAUGGAAAUGUCGAGAUGAAAGAUUCCAAUGAUGACGCUCAUGUCUCGCUACAGAAGAGGAGUGCCGAUUCCUACGCCCGUCUACGCAAGAUGGGACUUCCGGACGAUUUAGACUGGGUUCAUGAAGACACAGUUCGUGGAUACGAGGCUAUGGGCGGGCCUGAAGAUACCGCGCAGGUCCAUCCAUAUCAGUUCACCACGAGUAUGGCAGAGUUGGCCGCCGAGAAGGGCGUCGAUAUCGUGUUAGGGUCAGUGACCAAGAUCGCUGCUGAUCCCAGUGGUGGUGGUGGACAUCGCGUCACAUAUACACCUAAGAAGGACUCGAAAACCCCAGACUCUUCUUCCUCCUCUUCAGAACAAACCAUCUCAGCAACCGAUGUCAUCGUCACCGCCGGCCCCUGGACCAACACCAUCCUCCCACAAGCCCCCAUCUCCGCCCUCCGCGCUCACAGCGUAACCAUCCGGCCCACUCGACCAGUAUCCGCAUAUUGUCUCUUCACAUCCCUACAACUUCCCAAAAACUUCCACACAGGAGGACAUUCCUCGCCUUCGAUCGUCACACCCGAAAUCUACGCCCGACCCAAUAACGAACUCUACGCCUGCGGCGAAGGCGACCAUUUAGUUAAACUACCCAAAUCAACCGCCGACGUCGAGGUCGAUGAUUCUCGAUGUCAGGAUAUAGUCGAUUAUUGUGCGAGUUUCUCGGACGAGAUGCGUGAUGGAGAGGUUUUGGUGAGACAGGCUUGUUAUUUGCCUCAGGUCGAGAGUGCGGUUGUGGCGGGACCGUUGGUUGGUCCGACGUCGAUGAAGGGGGUUUGGGUUGCGGCGGGGCAUACGUGUUGGGGAAUUCAGAAUGGACCGGCGACGGGGAAGAUUAUGAGUGAGUUUGUCUUUGACGGGAAGUGUGAGAGUGCGAAGGUGGCGAGUUUGGAUCCCAGGAAGGCGAUGAAAUGAAUUUGAUGGUGGUAUUAGAAGAGAAAGAGAGAGAGAGAGAGAGAGGAAACAGUGAGGGUUAUAAGAUUCAUGAUAAUCCAUGUCAUGAUCAUACUCAUCUUCAUUUCAUGUCUCAAGCAACAACCUCCUCAUGCCUUCCAAGCACUAACCACCUGAACCACAUCCUCAUCCGCAACAACAUG